CCCGGGAUGUGUGGCGGUAAGUGAGAGAGCGGGGUGCGUGCGGGUUGGACAAACCACGUGACGCGCUGUUUAACAAGUUUAAAGCCACAGUCGCGAACGACGCAAUCCGGACCGUCGCCCUUUGUUCUGACCUUCAUUCCCGUGCCCCUCCCCUCUCCGCAUACCCCCGAUUUGCCCCUUGCUUUGUCCUGCCGCUAGGCUAUAAAAGACCUCUCGUCCUGUCGACUAUGGUCGGUCAUCUGUUCGAAACCAAGGAGGACACUGUUCCGCAGGUCGGUGUUCAGACCGAGGAGAAGUUGGUGAAGGAAAAGGAAGCUACGGUCGACAGCUUCGUCUACGUCGUCGACGUCGCCGGCGUCGACGGCGGACUGGCAGCCGCAGCCAACGAUCCCUCUACGAUGGAUGAGAAGGAAACCAACCGCGCUGACCUGGACGGUCGUGCCCCGCUCACGCGUUCACUGGUCGAGAACCACGCGGACGUCGACAACGUCUAUCUCGUCGGCGUCGACGACGUCCGGGGCGAAGCGCCAGCCGUUGUGGUGCCGUCAAUGAAUGAUAUACCGGAAAUCGUCCUCGACGAUGAUGAAGAAGUUAAUGGAGGAGUAACGGCUGAUGAGGAUCGGCCCUUGUCUUGGCCUUCGUGCGUCAUUGACGGUGCUUUAACCCCAUCCUCGUCGCCGGUAAUGGCUGCGGCGUAUGCCGGCGUUUCUCUCCACCGCAACUUCAGCUUCCUCGAUGUUUCGGCGGGGUGCGAAAGUGAAGAGGACCUGGAGGAAGAAGAGAAGGAUGAAAUCGAUAGUAUCUUCGAUGACGACGAAGAAAGAGGAAUGCAAGUCCGGGGAUGGUCCGAAGAGGACAGCAUAGAAGAGGAAAUACGAAAGUGGUUCGAAUUGUCGGAUGACGACGACGAGACUCGGGGCACACUGCCCCAAGGGAGGUUCCCCGCGCUCACGGACCUCCCAGAGAGUCUGCUCCUAUGGGACGAGCUCAGCGAUUUGGUCUCCUCCGAAAACUCGCGCGGCAACACGGACCUUACAAAGCCUUCCUUCCGCCCGGCUCCGCCAGUGCGGUGGGCGAGGCCCCGUAUGCUCUCGAAGCCCCCGUACGUCGUGCUCGUACCGAUUGCUCAGAUCGGCGGGAAGGAGGCAACGAGUGCGAGAAGGUUCCACCGCAGGAUAAUGGAGUCUAAAAGCCUGAGGCAGCCUAGCCGCCUCCGGUUCCAGCUCUCCCGGGCGGCGUCGCAGGAGUCCCUCGUCGGUCAGGAGGUCGCUCCCCACGGAGGCGAGCGCGAGGACGCUGUGGUCAGUUCUGUGGAGGUGACCGAGGCGAGGGUCGGGGAACCUAACGACUACCCCGAGAUUCCGUCCGAGGUGGAUACCGAAAAUCAGGCCCCCGCCCCUGCGCGACGCCGCUACCAUCUCCAGACCCCUUGGAUCGAGCCAGUGGAUUCCUGGGCGUCGGAUGAGCCAAUGAUGUGGCAGCUGUUGCCCGGCCUCUCGAUGCCCAUGUAAUGGGAAGGCGCGCCGUACGCAUCUCGUCGUGUGCUUUGCUUCUA